AUAUGUGUUGCAAGUUGAGUAAAGCAGAAAGAGAACAGCUGAAGGGAGAAACAGAGCAGGGUGGACAGAAAACCUAUAAAACAAAAACAAGAAUUUAGAAAAAAGAAAAUUAAAAGGGGGGCGUAGAACAAGAACACAGAUUCUUACCUGUCAGCGAUACAAUGGCUGGACUAUGGCGUUGCAUACUUGCAGUGGUGAUGUUGAUGUGCGUGCACCUCUGGGAUUCUGCUGAGGCUGUAGGUGGAGCUAAGAGUCGACCCCGACCCCAAAGACGACCUCCCAAGAAGCCAAAGAUCACACCUAUUGACCUGACCCAACCCGAACAAGACAUAGACAUAGAAAGGAUGCUGGGAACAUGGUACCUGCUUAAUACUGCCUCCAAAUGCUCUUACCUGAUAAAUCACGGGACCAAGGUGGAGCCAACAGUAAUCACCAUUACUCGUACCGCUACCUCUAAUGAAACGCUGUCUGUUAGCACCAAAACAAGGCAUAAUCACCAGUGUUGGGAGAUAUUACAAGUCUAUCAUCUAACGUCAGUCCCAGGAAGACUGACACUGAAAGGAUCUCACCCUGAGCAGAAUAUUGAGAUAGUGAUUGGGGAUACAGACUACAAUUCCUAUGCCAUCAUGUACUACCAGAAACAGGGCAAGAUCACAAUGAAACUCUAUGGGAAGUCUGUGGACAAUCUGCCAGAGCCGCUGCUAACCAAGUUUGAAGAGCUUGCUGCAAAACAGAAUUUGCAGCGGGCCUACCACUUCCCCUUCCCCACCUACAGUCACUGCGGUGAUGUGGAUCGAGAUCAUGUGAUCAAUUGUGUUCCCACAUGCUGAAGAGGCGGAGCUGAGGGACAAUGGAGAGCAACGCUUUUGAAUUUACCAAAGACUGAAUUAGGGCCCUAACAUUAAAUGUCCUCAGCCACACAUUGAAUAAAAGGACAUAAGAGUCAAAUCAA